AUGAAGUUACUCGUCUUUGCUGCGGUUGUUAUUAUUCUUGAGCAAGUGCUUGCGAAAGAGUGUUCCGAAGCACCGGAUGUUGAUGGUUGCAGCAUUCCAAGCUGGAUACCAUACAAAGACAGAUUCACGCCUGCUUGUUACAAACAUGACGUCUGCUACGCAUGUGGAACGGCUUUGGGGAUAAGCAGAGUAAUAUGUGACAGAAGAUUCCGAUCAAACUGCAUUGCCCUUUGCAAAAAUAAACGGAUCUGUAAGCGUUCAGCUAAUUGGUACUACAAGGCGGUCCGAUGGUUUGGAGCCUUCGCAUACCAGACUACAUCCCCUGCCUGGUGCGGUGAAGAAUGGGUCUCUGCCUGCAUGCUGUAAAGCAGGUGAACAUUUUAAUCACAAAAGCUUGGUUGAUUUUCUAUGUUAAUUCAGCUUUAAAUACAUAUCUAUAACCAAUACCAAUUAACACAAGUGUUUUGAAGGUUCCUGCUGAAUUCAGUAUAUCGAAUUAAUUUUGAAGAUCCCAUAUUUGUAUUAAGAAACUGACUCGUUUCCUUAACCAUAACAAGCUAUAA